GUGAUAGGACGUCAUGCUGGGGAGCAAAUGGCCGAAUACUGGAUCCGAGGGUGUGAUGGAGGUACACGCAGCCCCAGAGAUUUCGGCAUUGACGGAACGAUCUAGAGCUAAUGGAAGUAAUCUUCGGCUCGCUCGGUCGGAGUGGUGCCCCCUGUCAAACGAGUCACCGGGCGUAGGAUUGGCACUCUUGCAAAAACAUGGGCUAUCACUCCAGCCGGGACUCUUUACUUCUGCCUUUGUGUUGUGAUCUGUUGUCAUCUCCUACAUGAUUAAGGACAAGAUUCAGUGGCCUACGCUGCAGACACAAACGAGGAUAUGUAUUCGAACCUUGACGAGAUUUCUGCUCCAGAGCCCGUACAGAAUCUCGACGAUUCACACGACACCUCAGGUGGCGUCUCGAACACAAUGACUCGAGAGGACGACGAUGGAUACGAGAACCUCGAUGAGCUUGCCGACCCAGCUCCAGACCAGAAUCCAGAGGAGCGUGGAACGUAUCGACACAGCAAUCUGGAGGACGAACGAGAAGGACAGCACAACAGUUCUGGUGACCGAUCGGCACUGAACUCGACCAAAUCGAAUCAGAGUUCAUCCAGUACCCUGGGCCAAAGCACGCCCACUACUUCAAGAUGGUUCACAGAAUUCACGGUCUGGUCUUAUCUGGUUCUCUUCUCGAUACUUGGAACCCUUGCCAGACUAGGAUUACAGGCGCUCACAAGAUAUCCAGGAGCUCCAGUACCCAAUACUGAGCUCUGGGCCAAUGUUGGAGGUAGUUUCGUGAUGGGAUACAUCCGAGAAGAUAGGCUUCUGUUUAGGAAGCACUGGGCCAACGCCAACACAAGCCAGGAGUCUUCAAGCACGCGCGAAAAGCAUUCCGCUGAUCAGGACCAAGGGAAGACCGUCGAAUCUUUCAUGGCUGCGAAAGCCACCGUUCCGGCCUACAUUGGGGUUACCGUUGGUUUCUGCGGAUCCUUCACCUCUUUUUCCUCGUUCAUCCGAGAUGUUUUUCUUGCGCUAUCUAACGACCUAAACACUGCAUCAAUCUCGACGAUGGCCGUAACUUCAGUUCCAAAAGGGCGUUCGGAUGGUUACAGUGUCAUGGCUGUGUUGGGUGUACUGAUCAUGGAGAUCUCAUUGAGUCUGGGUGCGCUAUCUUUUGGUGCGCACAUGGCUACAUUUCUCCAUCCGUUCGCUGGCGCUGCUUCGAGCAUAGAUCUCGAGAAACAUCUAGAUGGACUUGCAAUCGUCUUUGGGUGGGGUUCAUGGAUCGGGGCCAUAAUCAUGGCGAUUCUGCCGCCUGAUAGGUUUGGCAGCUCGGUCGAAACCUGGCGCGGUCAAGUUCUGUUUGCUCUCGUCUUCGCACCCUUGGGUUGUUUCGCUCGCUUCAGGCUUUCUCUAUGGCUCAACGGUCGAUUCAAAAGCUUUCCCCUCGGUACAUUUGUAGCCAAUGCUUUUGGAACCCUUAUACUCGGAUUGUGUUACGAUCUCCAACACGUCGCUCUUCCUGAUGCUGGCGGUCUUGCGGGCGGAGGACUCACUGGGUGCCAAGUCUUGCAGGGAAUCCAAGACGGGUUCUGUGGUUGUCUAACGACCGUGAGCACAUGGGGUCUGGAGCUGAAGGGUCUUCGAAGAAGCCAUGCUUAUUUUUACGGAACGAUUAGUGUUGUUGUGUCGCUGUUGACGUUGGUUGUCGUGAUGGGGACGGUGAGAUGGACCAUUGGCUUUGCUGCACCUGCUUGUAAGAUUUAGAAGAUUGCAUUGGUGCAUAUGACAGGCAAAUCACCAUAGUUAAGCUCCACGUAUAAUCAGGUGAAACGAGUAGAGCGCAAAUUUCCA